AUGAGUGAGGCAGGAGAGGCCACCCUCACGGAGGUGGCCGCCUCCGUCUCCCCCCAAGCCAUCUCCCCCCAAGCCGUCUCCCCCGAAGCUGGGCAGAAAGAUCUGUCGUCCUUGGGAGGCGGAGAUUCUGUCCAAGCCCUAGUCGCCAGCCACCUCAGCGGAGACUCUGUCCCCGAGGCCACCGUGGCAGCUGGCACCAAGGAAAAGGCGCCCAAGAAAGUCAUCGCCAAGAGGGUGAGUGGAUCCGUCAAGUGGUUCAAUGUAAAGAACGGGUACGGUUUCAUCAGCAGGCAUGACACCCAGGAAGAUGUAUUCGUUCACCAGACGGCCAUCACGCGGAACAACCCCCACAAGUACCAACGCAGCGUGGGCGAAGGCGAGACCGUCGAGUUCGACGUGGUGCAGGGCAAGCAAGGCAUCGAGGCUGCGAACGUGACCGGGCCAGGUGGCGCCCCAGUGGAGGGCAGCCGCUUUGCUGCAAACCGCCCCCGCUUCCGCCGUGGCUUCUACACCCGCCAUCGCGCGCCACAGCAUCGCAGUGCCAGGGGCCCCGAGGGGGAUGUCUAUGACUACGGCUAUGACUACCACUACAACUACAACUACUACUAUGACUACUACGACUACUACCACUACUAUGGCUACUACGGCUACUAUGACUACCACUACCAGUGCAGCAGAGAAGACUUCGCCUUAGCCCAGGGCCAGAGGCGCCGCCUGCCCCGCCGCCCCCAAGACCAAAGGCUGAGGCGCUUUCCGCCCUUCCGCAGAGCCAGGGCUGUGACCCGCCGCCCUUCCACCUUCGCUCCCGCCAGUGGCCCACGGGCCGCCCAGCUGCCUGGGUCUGCACCAGCCACCAGGCCUGAGAGCUCACCACCACGCCGCGGACCUGGCCCUAGCUACCGCUUGAGUCGCCCUAGGGGCCGAGGCAUUGCCCCUGGUCCAAAGUCCUCUGAGCAGAUGGAGGCAGAAAACAAGGAGAGCGGGAGCGAUGCUGGCUCUGCAGCCCUCAGCCCCAACAACCCCCUCCACCACCCACAGCAGCCGCCUGGUGCCCAGAACCAGAGCCCUGAAGGAGGAGAGGAGGAGACCUGGAAGGGCCCUGCUGGAAAACCCGCUUGCGCUGCCAAUCAGAGCAGCGCCUCAGAGGAGGAUGCCGCAGUUGCAGAUGCCACCUCUGCUGCACAGGCCCAGUGACACUCCUGCCCCCUCCCAGGGACUCCCUGGCCUGGGGCUGCAGGUGAUGUCCUCUUGAGGUGCCCUUUGGCGCUACACAGUCCAGAUUGACUGUUAGAUUUAUGCCCUGAGAAAAAGACACAGCCCUUCCCCAAGGUUUCAAGAUAAACGACAAGAUCUGUAUAUUUCUGAACUCCCUCUUACCAUCUGCCUUGGAAGUUUCUGUACACACACACACACACCCACCACACACACACACACACACACACACACCACACACACACACACACACACACCUGUAUCCAUUCUUUUAAAAUAUCUGACCAGGAUCACAACUAUGAUUCUACAUCCCCAGGUGAAUUAGAUGGAGCACUUAAAAAUGUUCUUUCUAAUGCAAAAACAAAGAUGAUCUGAUAUUGAAGAUUACCUGACAUUGUGUGAUAUUACU